GUAGAUUUAGAUUUAACUUUUAACAAAAAAAGUUAAAAAAAAGUAGUUAAUUUUAAAAUUCUCUCUUAUUUGAAAAAAAAAAUGUUACCGUACCUGUUUGUGCAUCUGUAGUAACAUGCUAAUAGCUAUUGUACACCAUCAAAUUGUUUACGAGACUCAAGAGAAGCAGCAUGCUAUCCUAAUACAGCAAACUUGUUAUAGGACGGGUUCGUGCAGUUAAUGGACUAGGAUUAGAAAAUAAUAACAUUUUUUUUUAUAUAAUGUAAGAAUUUUCUUAAUUUUAGGGAGAGUGUUUAAAGUUCAAAAUUUGUCAUUAUUUGGAGUUGGGACGGUGCUAAGAAAUUGUUUUGACAAAGGAUGUUUCUUCUUGGUUUGCUCGUACAAAUCCAUUUAUGUUUAUGGUUCCUAUCAAUAAUAACCAUAUUGCAUAUUGGUCGAAGUGUGGCGACCCCUAAUACAUCCAUACCUGCCGAAUUAUAUUCGUUUUUAGAUGCUAUUCUUCCAUCUGUCUCUUCGAAUAAUGAAUAUGUUAAUCAUGCUGAAAAUUCGCGGUACCCAGAUUUACACGCACAACGUUUUUCAAAUUUUUUGAACGAAUCUCUGACUUCUCUAGAACCGGCUUUCAACUAAAAGAAUUACACUAUUUUUCUUGAAACCACCCUGGUUUUUCCAAAUUUUCAGCAAUGGCAUUAAUAUAUAUCUGAUACACUUUUAUGACAUUCAUUAAAGUAUUCUUUAGUGCAUGGAUUCCAGAGUUUGUGAAAGUUCAACUUCUUCCUUUUCAUGUAGUAUGCUAAUAACAAUAAUUAUUUUUUUAAUCAUCUGAAAUCAUUAUCACCCUUAAUACGGAGUUUAUUUAUUAAAUAUGUCUUCAGUUUAGUUUUGAGUUCAUAUUUCAAACGACGUGUUUUAUUUUGAAAUGUGACUGGUUAGGAAUCACAUUUAUAUACUACGGAAAACGGUAUAAAAAAUAUGUGUUUUUUUCUAUUAUCAAUAUCAAAGUGAUUCGCGUGGAAAUAGAAAAACUAAAUGAAUGUACUUUAACGCAAAAAUUUUACUACUAUAACAAUGAUAAAUUUUUUAUUUUAAAUUUUUUUUUGUAUUCAUGAAAAAAAUUCCGAAUUGUUUUCAAAAUUAACACGAUCCGUUAUGUUAAAGGAACCGUGUCGUUGUCAUUAUAAAACAAAUUCUUAAAGUAAUCAGAGCAACGUUUUUCAUUGCAAUUUUGUAAAAGAAAGAAGCAUAAAAAAACGUUGUCAUCAUGGAGUUCACACCACAAAACGGAAAUGUUAAGUGAAGCAAGUUUUUUUAAUAAGUAAUCGAUUGAAAUUUUUUUUUUUUCUUGUAAGGUUUUAUUUUUAAUUCGACAGAAACAUUUUAUAUAUCUGUAAUUGUUAUUUUAAAGGCGAUUAUUAUAUAAGAAAAUCUUUUUUCGUAAUUAGAAAAAAAAACAAAGAGGUUUUUCUAAUAGAGCUAGGAGUUUCCUCAACCUGAAAAAUAUUUUAUGAGAAAAGGAAGCAUUAACACAAUGCAGUCAUCAGGAAAGACUAAUGAUCGAAAAAGAAAUGUUUUUAUUGUGAUAACAUAAAUUCGUGAGGAUUGAUUCUUUUGUCCAGUGAAAUGAAGCAGGUGUGCUUGUAACUUGUAUCAAAAAACUUGAGUAUCUUCACAAAUGAAAGGGAAUAGUGGGGAAAAGCAAUCAAAUCAGGCUAACUGAGGAUAUAAUUGAAGAAUAGGCAUUGAAACGGUUUUAUUUCAGGUAUAUUGAAUGAUUGCAGCUCUAUGAGCGUGUAUGUUUUUAAAAGAUAGCGUUUUUGAAUGAACUGCGAAUUGAGCUAGCUGUUAUGUAAAAUGAUAAUUUUUGUCAAGCUAUGAUCAAUGAAAAUUGAAACUAGCUAAAAAAGCUAAGCAUUCGUUAAACUUUUUUAUACCGGAAAAAAAUUUCACUUCGUUUGGUUGUCCUUUUUACAUAGUGAAAUGGUCUAACAUACAAGUUUUUAUGCGUUCUAUAAACAAUUUUAAAAACAUGAAUGUAACAAAAUAACCAGUUAAAUUGCAUUGAAUUGUGUUUACAUAAUUUACUGCAAAGCAUAUUUUAUCAACUCACAAACACAUUGAUGCAAUAACCUUUUUUUUUUCUUUUUUGUCAUUUGAUUUUUAAAAAUUGUUAUUCUUUUUAAUUCCAAAAUCUAGUCAACAAUGUAAUAUACAAUAAAUAAUUGGCUUUUUAUGUAGUAAGAAUUUUACGAAUGUGACAAUUUUAAAGUUUUGUUGUGUUUUAAAAAAACCUUGGAUUGAUAUGCGUAUUUUAUUUCCAUACACCUAUCAAUGAACACCAAAAACUCAAAAGAAUUGGAAUGAGAAGUGGAUUAUGCUGAACUGUUGAGAACUAAGAGAGAUUUAAUGAAUUUUUAUGUUCCUUACACUUUGUUCUUUAAGUUCCUCAUGAAGACGUCGCAUGCACGGGACAGUGUGGUUCAGCUGAUGAGUGGCGAGUCAAAUUUAUGAGUGUUUCUUGCGUUGAGGUCUUUGUAUUAAAAGGGAUUUUGUAGGUGGCAUUUGAGACAAGGAAGGAGAAAAACAUUAUAUCAAAAUGGAGGCGACUGGUCAACUAGAGGAAAAACCUAAAAUGGCCCCUAUACCAGCAGAAGUUGAAACGUUUCUUAUUGACCUACAUACAGCAAUGUUUGAACGAGAUGAAGAACAAAUGAAACGAUUGUAUGAUCAUGAUUUUAAUAGUUUAACAGAAAAAUAUUAUUCUAAGAUAAGUUGGUUGCCUUCUUCGCGAGUUGAAGAGUUUUAUGUACAGCGUAAUAUGUGUCAUCCUCUUCUGAUGGCGUUGUAUUGUCAACUUUAUUACCGUCAUUUACUUGCACGUUGUCCUUCGGAAGCCUCGUUGCAUGAACGAUAUUAUUCGUUUUAUCAUUUCAUGAAACUUUUUGAUUACUUUAUUGCUCAAGAAUGCUCUCCAGAAAAUGAAUUCACUUUACCCCUUCCAACUCAAUGGUUAUGGGAUAUAGUAGAUGAAUUCGUUUACCAGUUUCAAGAAUUUCAACGCUGGAUAGGUCAAUUUUCAAAAUGUAUAUCAGAAAAUGAAGUUGCUAUGCAAACUCUGCAUCAAUGUUCUAAUGCGUGGAGAGCAUCUGAUGUUUUUCAAACUUUGUAUCUAAUUAUUGAAGCUUCGGGUAUCAAUGUUUAUUUAGAAAAUGAGAAUAGUCAAAAUGAUGGAAUCGCGACGCUUCGCAAUAUGAAGGAACCAACUUUUCCUAUUCUUUUGGGCUAUUUUUCAAUUAUUUCUCUCAUGCGACUUCAUGUAGCUAUAGGAGAUUACAAAACAGCCUUCCAUGUUGCUAGGAAUAUAAGACUCUCAACGAAUGCUUUGUAUUGGAAAGUUCCAGCAUGCCACGUCACUUUAUUUUAUAAUCUGAGUUUUGCUUAUAUGAUGAUGAGGCGUUAUCAAGAUGCAUUGCGUGUUUUAUCCCAAGUUUUAGUUUUUCUUAGCAAGAGUCGUGGUUAUCUUUCAACACAAGGUUAUCAACAUGAUGUGAUGGCUCGAAUGACUGAUAAAAUGUAUCAUGUUGUUAUGCUAUGCCAUGCGUUAAGUCCUAGCCGUUUGGAAAAUUCCAUUCAAUCACGGUUACAAGAAAAAUUAGCUGAUAAGUAUUGCAAAUUGCAAUCAGAUAAUGAAGAGGCUUAUAAAGAAGUGUUUGUUAAAGCGUGUCCCAAAUUUGUGACACCCGUUAUUUGUUCGUUCAAUGAUCCCCGCGAAGUACUCGAAAUCGAUCAACAAGAACCUUUGAAUCGCCAACUAAAUGUUUUUUUAAAAGAUGUUUUUUAUCAACAUCGUGUCUUUAAUGUCCGCUCCGUUGCGAAACUUUAUAACAAUUUAUCUCUUUCCAAAUUAGCAAAUUUAAUGGAUUUGACACAAAAAAAUGCUGUCGAGAUCGUUCGUUCCGAAAUGUUGUGUGUUAAAAGUCGUGCUGAACAAGUUAUUUGGAAGAGUGGAUCCUUACUUGACGGAGAACGUGUUGAGCUUCUAAACGAUUUAGAUAUUUAUUUGGAUACGGAUACGAUCCACGUCAAAAAUCUUGCAACGCAUGAAAAUUUCGUCCACGCAUUUGUUGAGCAAAUUCAGAGAAUCAAGGAUCUGACAAAUAUGGUUAAUACAACCGGUAAAGCUGAAGUAAAGAAGAAUAUUUUAAACCCGGUGUAAAAUGUUUUAUCCUUUUUUUCUCUCAAAAAAAACGUUUUUGUUAAAAGAAAGUCAACCUACAAACCAUGAGUGACAUAAAAAGUAUUACCCUUUAAUUGUCAUACUGAACAAAUCAAGUAGAUUUUUGUUAUCACACUUAAGAUAUGAAUAAUCAUGCUAAAAGAAAAUGACUUUUUUUUUUUUUAUAUUAAGAAAACAUUGAUUUUAUUAAUUAUUUUUUGUUUAUCUAAAAAAAAUAUUCAUUUUCUUGAUACUUAAAGCAAAUAGAAAGAGAAAUGCGUUGUUCUUUAAUUCGUCAAUAAUGAAAGAAAUUUGAAUCUUCAUAUGCGUUGUUUUAAGAUUUUAUCGUAGUUUUUGUACUCUAUUGACGUGUUCCUAAAUGUUAAAAAUAAUCCACUAUUCCUAAAACAAAAAUAGUU